AUGCUCCGCCGCAUUUCUAACCUCCAACGCCCCGCCGUUCAGGCUCUGGCGCGCUCCGCGGCUCGCGGAUACGUCAAGCCUGCCGCGGUUGGCGCCUCCAACAUUGUCCUCGAGCUCGACUCCAAGAAGGUCGGUCACGAGAUCCGCAAGCGCGGCCUUACGUCUGCCGUUCAGAACCCCCGCGAUGGUGGUAUGGACCGUGACACUAUCAUCCGUCUUCUCUACUCUCUCGGUUCCCGCCACGAGGUUGAGCGCUACCUCCGUAUCUUCACCCAGGCUUCCAAGGGCGCUUCCGCCGGUGGUGUCCUCCCCGAGGCCAAGUUCGCUGUUCUCAAGAUCGGUGGUGCUAUCCUCACCAACGAGCUUGAUGACCUCGCGCUUUCGCUUUCGUUCCUGAACCGUCUCGGCCUCUACCCUGUCGUUCUCCACGGUGCUGGUCCUCAGCUGAACGAGAUCCUCGAGUCUGAGGGCAUCACCCCUGACUACGAGGACGGCAUCCGUAUCACCGACGCCAAGACCCUCCAGAUCGCUCGUCAGGUCUUCCUCCAGGAGAACCUCAAGCUCACCUCUGCCCUCGAGCGUCUCGGCACUCGUGCGCGCCCCAUCCCCACCGGUGUCUUCCACGCCGACUACCUUGACAAGAACAAGUACGGCCUUGUCGGUAAGAUCCAGCGUGUUGACAAGGCUCCCAUUGAGGCUGCCAUCCGCGCCGGCUGUCUCCCCAUCCUCACCUCGCUCGCCGAGACCGCCGACGGUCAGAUGCUCAACGUCAACGCCGACGUCGCCGCCGGUGAGCUCGCCAAGGUCCUUGAGCCCAUGAAGAUUGUCUACCUCAACGAGAAGGGUGGUCUCUUCCACGGUGUCACUGGCAAGAAGCUCUCUGCUAUCAACCUCGACGAGGAGUACGAGGGUCUCAUGAAGGAGUCUUGGGUCAAGUUCGGCACCAAGCUCAAGCUCCGUGAGAUCAAGGAGCUCCUUGACACCCUCCCUCGCACCUCGUCUGUCGCCAUCAUCUCGACCGACAUGCUCCAGAAGGAGCUCUUCACUGACGCCGGUGCCGGUACCCUUAUCUCGCGUGGCUACAAGCUCUUCAAGCAGCCCGCCACUGAGGGUGUUGGCUCGACCCAGCUCCGCCAGAUCUUCACCGAGCGUGACCCCGAAGUCCAGUCCGGCCGCAAGUCCGUUGCCGAGAUCUUCUCCGAGAUGAAGAACACUCCCCACACCAUCUACGGUGACGAGCCCCUCGACGUUGUCGCCGUUGUCUCGCACCCCGAGGGCCAGACUCCUGUCAUGACCAAGUUCCUUCCUUCGCGCAACGCUAUCCUCAAUAAGACUGUUGACAACGUUUUCGACUCGAUCAAGAAGGACCACAAGCGUCUCUUCUGGACUGCCCCCGCGGAUGACGAGAACCGUGCCUGGCACUUCGAGCGCGCUGACGGCUCGUUCACCCGCGCCGGCCGCUCGCUCUACUGGUACGGCGUUCCCGACGUCAAGCAGGUUGAGAAGAUCAUUGAGGGGUUUGAGCAGAACGGUCGCAUCGACCGUGUCUUCCUUCCCGUCGGUCCUUCGACCCCUCCCCACCGCCUCGCUGGUGCCCCCGCCAACGCUCGCGCCUUCUCGACCUCCGCUCGCCCCUCCCUCCGUGCCGGUGCCGCCGAGCAGCGCCGCGGCUACGCCACUGAGGCCCCCCGCAAGCGUGUCGCCCUGAUUGGUGCCCGUGGCUACACCGGCCAGAACCUUGUUGACCUGAUCAACAACCACCCCCACCUCGACCUCACCCACGUCUCGUCGCGCGAGCUUAACGGCCUUCCCCUCAAGGGUUACACCAAGUCGGACGUCAAGUACUCGAACCUCUCCCCCGAGGACGUCGGCAAGAUGGCUGAGAACAACGAGGUUGAUGCCUGGGUCAUGGCUCUCCCCAACGGAGUCUGCAAGCCCUUCGUUGACGCCAUUGACGCCGCCAAGGCUAAGGGCGGCAAGAGCGCCAUCGUCGACCUCUCUGCCGACUACCGUUUCGAGCCGUCGUGGACCUACUCUCUCCCUGAACUCUACGGCCGCGACGCUGCCCGUGCGUCUGACCGCAUCUCGAACCCCGGCUGCUACGCCACGAACACGCAGAUGCUCCUCGCGCCUCUGCUUCCCUAUCUCGACGCCCAGCGCCCGCCCACCGUCUUCGGUGUCUCUGGCUACUCGGGUGCCGGCACCAAGUCUGGCGAGAAGGACGCUGACGGCCACCCCAAGACCGUCCCCAAGAUCUCGCAGCAGGACCUGGAGGGUUCUGUUCGCCCCUACUCGCUGACUGACCACAUCCACGAGCGCGAGUCGAGCCAGCAGCUCCAGCGCCUGAACGGCCAGGAGGACUUCCAGCUCUCCUUUAUCCCCACCGUUGCCCCGUGGUUCUCCGGCAUUGUCUCGGUCCUCAACGCCCCGCUCGCCAAGAGCAUGCGUGCCUCUGACAUUGUCGGCCUCUACGAGGAGAAGUACGCCAACGAGCCCCUCGUCCAGAUCACGCAGCAGGCUCCUGACGUCCGCGACAUUGCCGGCCGCCACGGCUGGCGCGUUGGUGGCGUCCAGGUUCACUCGAGCGGCAAGCGUGUCGUCGUGGUCGGUGCGCUCGACAACCUCCUCAAGGGUGCCGCGACCCAGUGCCUCCAGAACCUCAACCUCGCCCUCGGCUACGAUGAGCUCGCCGGCGUGCCCCAGGACAAGUACUAA